UAAUCGACUCUGACAGCUGACACCCAAAUAUUUAAUCAAAAUAAAUCAAAGUUGAACUGUACUUAAACUAUUUACCACUGUUUUGAACGAUCUUUGAACUUUCUGAUUAUUAAAUAGUGAUAAUGUACAUAAAUUAUCGAACCGUAGUGAAAAGAUAAAUAAUUAAUUAGUGUGAAAUACAUUAUUGUUGAAAUCUAAGGUCUUUACUUGAAUUUUAUUCCAUUGCUGCUUCAAGAACAUUUAAUAUUUGUUGUUUUUAGUUUUGAUAAAAAUGUCCAUAAAUAAACUAGUUGGAGGUGACUGUGGUGGAAACAAUUCGCUUGUUCAGUUAUCAAAUAUUGUGAGUAGAGAUGCAUCAAUCGCCCAACCGCUUACGCAAGCUGAUAUGUUUGUCCAUGAGUUUAUGGGACAAAAUCCUAAUAUUCCCCAAACAUUUAACAUGAAUUCAUUGCUUAAUAAUAUCCAUGAAGUGGAUAAGGGUAUUAUCAAAAGUGCACCGAUUCCAACAAAUAGUCAAAUGCAGGCUAUUGGUCCCCAAGUAAAUAUGUCUUGGUUACCAGGACCUUCAACAUCUUUCAUGCCACAACAACCCCUGUUUAGACCUUUUCAUAUGCAGCAACCCUUAAUGCAGUCUAAACCUAUUAGUAAUGUUAAAAUUGAAUAUAUGAAUGAAGAAGAUGUGGCCACUGCUACAGAUAAUGAUGUUCGUGCGAAAGCUCAAGAAUAUGUGGAUGGUGUUAAAGAGGAUGAUGAAUUAGCUUAUAAUCAGUUUAUGUCAUUUAUGAAAAAACUAAGUGCAGGAGAAUUGAAUUUAGGUGAAACAGUGGAUAGUGAUCAAAGAAAAUUGAGUAAAGAUGAAAUUUUAGAUGAAAUGCAAGAAAAGUAUAAAGAUGAAUGGGCCAAAUUAAGUGAUGUUGGAGAUUACUGGAAUACAGAAGAAGCUAAUGGCAUUGCACAAGAAUAUAGCUUUACUGAAGGGAAUAUAAUGCUAGAGAAUAAAAGUGCUCUUGAUAUUGGUAAAGAAAAAUUAAAAAUGGGUGAUAUUCCUGGUGCGGUCUUGUGUUUUGAAGCUGCAGCCCAACAGACUCCUGAUUCUGCUGAAGCUUGGUUUUUAUUAGGGAGUACACAAGCUGAAAAUGAACAAGACCCUGCUGCAAUUACAGCAUUGAAAAAAUCCUUGGAAAUAGAUCCAAGGCAGUUGGAAGCUUACAUUACUUUGGCUGCAGCUUAUACAAACGAAAACAUGCCUAAAUUUGCAUUUAUGUCAUUGUUGGACUGGUUAAAAGCUAGCCCAAAAUAUAAUGAUUUAUUCCCUCAUGAUAUUGACCCAAAAAAACUGGAUUUAAAAUCUUUAGAAACCCAUGUGAAAUCAUUGUAUAUAAAAGCAGCCCAAUUAAAUCCAUCUCAAAUUGACCCUGAUGUUCAAAAUGCAUUAGGAGUGGUGUUUAAUAUCACCCAUGAACAUGAUAAAGCUGUAGAUUGUUUUAAAUCUGCUUUGAUGAUAGCUAAUGAAGACCCUAAAUUGUGGAACAGACUUGGAGCAACAUUAGCUAAUAGUGAAAAAUCAGAAGAAGCAGUUGAUGCCUAUCAGCAAGCAUUGAACUUAGAGCCAGGUUUCAUUAGAGCUCGAUAUAAUGUGGGUAUAACUUGUAUGAACUUAGGAGCUCAUAGACAGGCAGCAGAACAUUUCCUGGUAGCAUUAAAUCAACAAUAUAAAUCAAAGAAUAUGCAUUCAGAGUCAACAAACAUAGAUACCAGUUCAUCAACAAUCUGGACAACACUAAGGAUGGUUUGUUCCUUUAUGGGUGAGCAUGAAGUUGCAAAAUUAGUUGAUGAACGAAAUCUAAUUGAACUCAAUAAAUUCUUUGGAACAGAAUAAUUAUAG